AUGUCUUAUGUUAAUGUAUCAGAGGAGGAUCUCUGCUGUCCGGUCUGUCAGGAGGUCUUCAGAGAUCCUGUUCUUCUGUCAUGUAGCCACAGCUUCUGUAAAGACUGUCUGAAGAGAUGGUGGAGAGAGAGACCAACACACGAGUGUCCAGUUUGUAAGAAAAUAUCAGUGAAUGAUCCACCUUUAAACCGAGCUUUAAAGAACCUGUGUGAGUCGUUCUUACAGGAGAGAGAUCAGAGAGCUUCAGAGGCUCUCUGCAGUCUGCACUCUGAGGAACUUAAACUCUUCUGUCUGGACCAUCAGCAGCCAGUGUGUCUCGUCUGCUGUGCCUCAGAAAAACACACCAAGCACAGAUUCAGACCCAUCGAUGAAGCUGCACAACAACACAAGAAGGAACUUCAGGAAACUCUGGAGCCCUUAAAGAAGAAGUUAAAGGUUUGUGAAGAAGUUCAAGUGAAGUUUGAUCAAACAGCAGAACACAUUAAGGUCCAGGCCCGACACACAGAGAGGCAGAUUAAGGAGCAGUUUAAGAAGCUUCACCAGUUUCUAGCAGAGGAAGAGGAGGCCAGGCUGGCUGCACUGAGGGAGGAAGAGGAGCAGAAGAGUGGGAUGAUGAAGGAGAAGAUGGAGGCUCUGAGCAGAGAGAUAGCAGCUCUUUCAGACACAGUCAGAGCCACAGAGGAGGAGCUGAGAGCUGAAGACGUCUCAUUCCUGCACAACUACAAGGCUGCAGUGGAAAGAGUCCAGCGCUGCCCCCUGCUGGAUGAUCCACAGCUGCCCUCAGGAGCUCUGAUAGACCAGGCCAAACACCUGGGCAACCUGACCUUCAACAUCUGGAACAACAUGAAGGACAUGGUCUCCUACACUCCUCUCAUUCUGGACCCAAACACUGCUCAUCCAAAACUCAUACUGUCUGAAGAUCUGACCAGUGUGAGACGAGAAGGAGAGAAGCAGCAGCUUCCUGAUAAUCCAGAGAGGUUUGAUUAUUAUGCCUCUGUCCUGGGCUCUGAGGGCUUUAACUCAGCGACUCACAGCUGGGAUGUUGAUGUUGGAGACAGUACACCAUGGGAGCUUGGUGUAUUAGCAGAUACUGUGCAGAGGGAAGGAAUCAUACGGUCUGGAUUAUGGAGAAUAAGGUUAUAUAAAGGUAAAUACUCAGCAUGUUCACCAUCAACUAAAACUGCUCUCUCAGUUCACAAGAUGUUCCAGAGGAUCAGAGUGAAUCUGGACUGGAACAGAGGAAAGCUGUCGUUCUCUGAUCCUUAUACUAACACACACAUACACACCUUCACACACACUUUCACUCACAGGAUGUUUCCAUAUAUUCGCACUGUUUCUAAAGUGAAGGUGUUGCCGUUGAAGGUGUCAGUGUCAGUGGAGCAGAUGAGUUGAGGAUGAUGAUAUUUCUAAUGUUGUUUCCUGUCAGUGAAUUGAAGCUGUUAAACUGCAGCUGUCCUCCUGCUGCCUCGUUGUUCCAAAGCUCUUUGUU